AUGGGCAUGUUGUGUCAUCGACGUGAACAAUCUCACAGAUGGGAGAGACGUUUAUAUCCUGUCAUACAUCAAAAGAUUGAGGAACUUGUUGAAGAGUCUCGCAACCUACUGGUCGGCCGUUCUGACGGUGACCAUUUUGAAGUGGUUGACCAGAAGAACUACUGUAUCAGUUUAAACUCUCGGACAUGCUCAUGUCGUAGGUGGCAGGUAUAUGGCAUUACAUGCAAACAUACAUGUGCGGCAAUACUGCAGAUAGACACAAAUAUUCAUCGAUAUGUUGAUGACUACUUCACAGUGGACUCUUACCGACAAGCAUAUGCAGAAGCCAUAUUCCUAGUACCAGAUAAUGACAAACCAGAUGAUUUAAACCGUGAACUACUUGUGCACUCUCCAAUCACCAAGAAGCUAGUUGGUCGUCCAAGAUGGAAGCGUCUAGAGUCACAAGCAUCAAUCGUUAGCGAAUUACGAUGUAGCCGUUGCCAUGAUGCUGGUCAUAACCGUAGAUCCUGUAAUGCAUCGAUAGCUGAUUGA